AUGUCUCAAGCACCAUACGGCUACGCACCGCCAGCGUGGCAUCAACCUCCACCGGCUACGGGAGCGCCUUGGGACUACAACAGUCAAGGAUACGGCUAUCCGCAGCAAGCAGACAAUCAUGCUCACCCUCCGCCAUUAGUCCCACACAUGCCCAGCUAUGAUGCUAGGCCCUCAAACGCCGACUACUAUCAUCAACAACAGCAGCCACUACCACCGCCACCAACCCAGCCUCAUCUCCAGACACCUCUACAUCCAGCAGUCGCGCCGGUUCCUGCAUCGUCUGCAUUCAUCGAGGAGAAUGAUCUUGUCCAACGGAUGCGAUCAGUCGGGAUCUCUGAGAGGCAAAUCAGCGCCGUGAUCAGGAAGCCUUCGCCUCAGCCGCAGGAUGCUAGAUACUCCGCGUAUGCCCCACCUGCAUCGCAGUAUCCAACGCCGCCGCCUGCAUCUUUCAAUGGUCCUCCAGAUGCGGACAGAGGUGUGAUGGGUGCACUUGCUGGUGGCGCCGCAGGGGCUUACGGUGGGCAUCAGCUAGGCCACGGCGUCAUUGGUGCUAUUGGUGGAGCCUAUGCUGGCCACAAGCUUGAGGAUGCAUACCAGAAACACCAUCACUCAGCGUCUCAGACACAUACGAACCAACCGCAGCAAGCUGCUCCGCCGCAAGUAGACCCUCGAUGGCCACUCCAAUUACCGAAGGGCUCCACCAUCGUCUUCGAGUACUACCCAACAGGUGUAGAAAAGGACAAGAAGAUGGGAAAGAUCUACUCCUACGCUCUUAUUCAGCCAAAGACCUCGACAUCAAAACCAUACUAUACAGCCACAUUCGUCGAUGACAAACGAUUCACCAAGAACCCCGGGCUCAGAAUCUACCGAGGAGCGCAAUGGGUAGCAAGCUGCUCCUACCACAGCAGCAGCAACAUGAAGUCCAAGCAUCCAUGGACCACGUGGGAGAAGUGGGAUCCCCAAGAAGAGACCUGGCUCUCAGACACAGGCAUUCUAACUGGCCAACAAUUCCAAUGGGUAUACGACUGGGAGGACAAGCCCGCGAAAGAAAAGAACGCGGCGUGCAUCCUGCGAUGUGCCUACAACGACGACGAGGCGAAGGAGAUGGUGAGGGUGGUGAUGUACCAGUCUGAGCAAGGCAGGAUCGACAUUCCGAGCGAUGUGGUGUCGAGUCAGGAUCAGUUGGAUGAGUUGGUGGGAAAUGCGUUCAUGCAGAUGCAGCAGAAGAGGAAUGGGUGGGAGAGUUCGAGCUCGGGGUCUUCCUUUCGUGCUGAGCUGGGUAAUGCGUUUGUGCAGGGUCUUGCUUCUGGUGGUGGGGGAAGUUGA